CUGUCGCAUUCGUUCUCCCUCAACCCCCCAACCGACUCCCCUGCGCCCCGCCACCUCUCCUACGCCCCGCCGCCUACCCACGCCCUUGGCCGCCACCCCAUCGCCGUCCAGUCCGCCGCCGCCACGCUCCACAACCUGCUCGUCGUCGACUCCUACCGCCCCAUCAUCGGAUCCAAAAGGGACAUCGCCCCCGAAAUCGCCGCCACGGUCGAUCAAGGACGCGCUCAAGGCCCUGUUCGGCAUCGCUCUGUACCAGCUGAAUUGACGGAUCGGAGUCGUCCCGCCGCUGUUCUCACUGGUGCUCAAGGACGGAGGGUCGGGAUCGUUGAGGAUGCGACGACGGUGAUCGCUCAGAUCGCCGGGUGCGAGUAG